GCAAAGGCUUCUUUCUCUCCUUACAUCCACCGUCAAUACUUACUCACUAUACUAUCUAACGAAUUCGACAACCAUGAGCAAUCUGCCUCUUUCCGCGAAUAUGGACGUUGACGAAACGGCCAUCGAUGAAGGUUUAUACUCACGUCAACUCUACGUGCUGGGGCACGAAGCUAUGAAAAGAAUGGCAGUCUCAAAUGUUCUAAUAAUCGGAAUGCAGGGUCUAGGUGUCGAAAUAGCAAAGGACCUUGUUCUUGCCGGUGUCAAGUCUGUCACUGUAUACGAUCCAGAGCCGGUCAAGAUUGAGGAUCUGAGUUCUCAGUUUUUCUUACGCGAAGAAGAUGUAGGUAGACCCCGUGCAGAAGUCACAGUUCCUCGAUUGGCAGAAUUGAACGCGUAUGUGCCGGUGCGCAACCUUGGAGGACAAGCGGGGCAGGAAAUCACUGUAGAUCUUGUGAGGGGUUUCCAGGUGGUCGUUGUGUGCAAUGCACCAUACGCCAAGCAGCUCGAAAUAAACGACUGGACUCAUCAGAAUAAUGUGCCUUUCAUUGCCACUGAAACACGCGGUCUGUUUGGCUAUGUUUUCAAUGAUUUCGGCGCCAAGUUUACCUGUGUCGAUCCGACUGGAGAGCAGCCUUUGUCAGGUAUGAUCGUGUCCAUUGACAAGGACCAAGAAGGAAUUGUUACAUGCCUUGACGAAACACGACACGGUCUUGAGGAUGGUGAUUUUGUGACGUUCUCAGAAGUGCAAGGAAUGACAGAACUCAAUGGUUGCGAGCCACGCAAGAUCUCAGUCAAGGGUCCCUACACGUUCGCAAUUGGUGAUACAACGGGACUCGGAGACUAUGUACGAGGCGGCGUCUUCACUCAAGUCAAAAUGCCUAAAAUCAUUGAAUUUAAAUCGCUUAGGGAGUCUCUUCAAUCCCCAGAAUUCUUUAUCACCGACUUUGCCAAAUUUGACCGUCCUAGUACGCUUCACGCAGGUUUCCAGGCGCUUUCUGAGUUUCACGCUCAACAUAAACGGUUCCCCAAACCUCGUAAUGCGCAUGACGCUGACGCAGUUGUAGCUAUUGCGAAGAAACUUAACGCUGACGCUGACGAAAAUAUUGUUACUCAACUUGCCUUUCAGGCGACUGGCGACCUUUCACCAGUAAUUGCGGUCAUUGGUGCAUUUGUAGCACAAGAGGCUCUCAAGGCAUGCUCUGCAAAAUUCCACCCCAUGCAGCAGCACAUGUAUUUUGAUUCCCUCGAAUCGCUUCCCGACGUCCUCCCCUCAGAAGCCGAAUGUCAGCCUACCGGUUCCCGUUACGAUGGACAGGUCGCUGUCUUUGGUAAGACUUUCCAGGAGAAGAUCUCCAACCAUCGUCAGUUUUUGGUUGGCUCCGGUGCUAUCGGUUGCGAGAUGCUAAAAAAUUGGAGCAUGAUGGGACUCGCAAGUGGACCUAAAGGGGCGAUACAAGUUACUGAUCUUGAUACCAUUGAGAAGAGUAAUCUCAACAGACAAUUCUUGUUCAGACCGAAGGAUCUUGGUCGGUUCAAGGCUGAAGUCGCAGCUACGGUAGUUUCAGACAUGAACAAGGAUUUAGCUGGGAAAAUAACGACAAGGCAAGACGCAGUGGGACCUGACACAGAAGACAUUUAUAAUGAGGAUUUCUUCAACAACGUCGACGGCGUUACAAAUGCUUUAGACAAUGUCAAAGCCCGUCUAUACAUGGAUCAACGAUGUGUUUUCUAUGAAAAACCCUUAAUAGACUCUGGCACUCUUGGAACAAAAGGCAACGUUCAAGUCGUGGUUCCACACCUAACGGAAUCCUAUGCCUCCUCGCAAGACCCCCCGGAGAAAGAAACACCUUCUUGCACAAUCAAAAACUUUCCCAAUGCCAUCGCCCACACCAUUGAGUGGAGUCGAACUGCAUUUGAUGACCUUUUUGUGAGGCCUGCUCAGGCUGUCAACUCUUUCCUCUCUGAGCCCGACUAUCUUGAAAAGACUCUCAAAUAUUCUGGACAACAGAAGGAGCAAAUAGAGCAGCUUGUUUCGUUUCUGGUUACGAACAAGCCUUUGACCUUUGAAGAGUGCAUUGUCUGGGCUCGCUUACAGUUUGAGGAGAAAUAUAACAAUGAAAUUCGACAAUUGCUGUUCAGUUUACCAAAGGAUGCUGUUGCAAGCAAUGGUCAACCAUUCUGGAGUGGGCCCAAACGAGCACCAGAUCCUAUCAUCUUCAAUUCGAACGACCCGCUUCACCUUUCUUAUAUCAUUGCAGCUGCGAAUCUCCAUGCUUACAACUACGGUCUCAAGGGCGAGACAGACUCCAAUGUCUACCGAAAAGUAGCAGACUCUGUCAUCGUCCCUGAGUUCACUCCAAAAAGUGGUGUAAAGGUCCAGAUCAACGACAAUGACCCCGUUGCACAGAACGAAACUUCUGAGAGCGACCAUCUUGCGGAACUCACUGCCAAGCUUCCCGUACCAUCCUCUUUGGCUGGGUACCGCCUAAAUCCAGUGGAAUUCGAGAAAGACGAUGACACGAAUCAUCAUAUUGACUUUAUUACUGCCGCCUCUAAUCUUCGGGCUACAAAUUACAGUAUAAAUCUUGCGGACAGACAUACAACAAAGCAGAUUGCUGGAAAGAUUAUUCCUGCUAUUGCGACCACCACCUCACUGGUAACUGGUCUUGCCUGCCUCGAGCUUUACAAGAUCAUUGACGGCAAAAGGAAACUUGAGAGUUACAAGAACGGAUUUGUGAACAUUGCUCUACCAUUUUUUGGAUUCUCAGAGCCUAUUGCGGCUCCCAAACACAAGUAUGGAGCCACUGAGUGGACACUUUGGGACCGUUUCACGUUCAAGAGCGACCCGACACUAAAGGAGAUUAUCGAUUGGUUCCAUAGUGAACACAAGCUCGACGUUGCAAUGGUAAGUUCAGGCGUGAGCAUGCUCUGGAGCUCAUUUGUUGGAAAGAAGAAGAGCGAGGAGCGUUUGCCGAUGAAGUUCAGCAAACUUGUUGAACAUGUUAGUAGGAAACCCGUCUCUCCUCACAUCAAAACCCUCACCGUCGAGGUCAUGGUCAUGGAUGAGGAAGGGGAAGAUGUUGAGGUUCCUUUCAUCAUUGUCGGCAUCUGAGGAUAUCUAUGUAAACCACUUUCUUUUGUAUAAUUAGACUUCCAGGACACUGAAUUCGUAACUAUAAGAAGCAGUCUGCCUCAGUCUGACGGGAAGUCGUGAAUGAAGUCAAAUUUCAUUUGCGUCGUGUUGACGUGCCAGCCUGCACCUGCAUUUUUCAUACAUACCUUAAUAGAUAUUGAUCCUGUCUCAAAAUAACUCAAAAUACAUACUUGAGACUCUGUUGGACGUCGUGCAAUG